AUGAAGGACGCAGAGAAGCGAGAGGUGAUUGCAUCAUCAUCAUUACAAAGAAAGAGAAACAGAGGAAGAAGACUAAGGAAAAGAAGAAGAAGAAACGAGAAGCGAGUACUAAUGGUUCCAUCAUCAUUACCAAACGACGUGCUAGAGGAGAUCUUUUUAAGAUUUCCGGUUAAAGCCCUAAUCCGACUCAAGUCUCUCUCGAAACAAUGGAGAUCGACGAUCGAAUCUCGCAGUUUUGAAGAGAGACACUUGACGAUCGCUAAGAAAGCCUUCGUGGAUCAUCCCAAGGUCAUGCUCGUAGGAGAAGAAGAUCCCAUAAGAGGAACCGGGAUUCGUCCAGACACUGACAUUGGUUUUAGGUUAUUCUGCUUGGAAUCGGCUUCUCUUCUAUCCUUUACUCGUCUCAAUUUCCCUCAAGGGUUCUUCAACUGGAUCUACAUAUCUGAAAGCUGUGAUGGCCUUUUCUGCAUCCAUUCCCCAAAAUCACAUUCCGUAUAUGUAGUGAAUCCGGCUACACGGUGGCUCCGCCUACUUCCUCCGGCAGGGUUUCAGAUUUUGAUCCACAAGUUUAACCCCACUGAACGUGAGUGGAAUGUAGUGAUGAAAUCAAUCUUUCAUCUAGCAUUCGUGAAGGCCACCGAUUACAAAUUAGUGUGGUUGUACAAUUGUGAUAAGUACAUUGUUGAUGCGUCGAGUCCAAACGUGGGAGUCACAAAGUGCGAGAUUUUUGACUUUAGGAAAAAUGCUUGGAGGUACUUGGCUUGCACUCCAAGUCAUCAGAUAUUCUAUUACCAAAAGCCAGCAUCUGCAAACGGGUCGGUUUAUUGGUUUACAGAACCAUAUAAUGAAAGAAUCGAAGUAGUGGCUUUUGAUAUUCAGACCGAAACAUUCCGGUUGCUGCCUAAGAUUAAUCCGGCUAUUGCUGGUUCAGAUCCUCACCAUAUUGACAUGUGCACUCUGGAUAAUAGUUUGUGUAUGUCGAAAAGGGAGAAAGAUACUAUGAUCCAAGAUAUUUGGAGGUUGAAACCAUCAGAAGACACAUGGGAAAAGAUUUUUAGCAUAGACUUGGUUUCCUGUCCUUCUUCUCGGACUGAGAAGCGUGAUCAAUUUGAUUGGAGCAAGAAGGAUAGGGUUGAGCCAGCCACACCCGUCGCGGUUUGUAAGAAUAAGAAGAUCCUUCUCUCACAUCGCUAUUCCCGAGGUUUGGUAAAGUACGAUCCCCUAACAAAAUCUAUCGAUUUUUUUUCCGGACAUCCUACCGCUUACAGAAAAGUUAUUUAUUUUCAAAGUUUGAUAUCUCAUCUAUAA